AUGUCGGUCAGCAUCGCCACACAAGCAUUCUGUCUUACAAACUUGACACACUCCGUCAGUACGCUGUCUCAUCUCUUUCCGUUGCUCAAUCUUAGCCAUCUGCGGGCCGUGUGCCGGAAUGUUCUUUCCAUCAACCUCAAUAGGAGAAGAAUACAUGCAUAUGUGCAUGCGAUGAUAGCGGUAUCAUGUCCUCUCAAUAUCGGGGUGACAGGCGGCUGCAGGAAGACACAUACACACCGGGCGCGCACACUUUCCUACACCAUUUCGAGGAUCUGUAUGCCGGGGGACACGCCGACCAAUUGCCAAAGCCCAAAGAUGGCAAGGCGAACUUUCGGUAGAUUGGACAGCUGCAUGUCUCGCUUCGAGAUGUGCUUUGUUGUUGACAAUGACGAAGUCUUGCGCAGGUCGUUACCCAUGUACCAUCCCUGGAUAGCAUGA